UCGCCGCUAUUGCGCCCCCAAAUCUCGAUCGCUCGCCCAAUUCAUGAUGGCUUACCAGACUACUCCUCCUCUCUUCGCCUCCGCCGCUGCCUCCGUCGUCGACUACUACGAAGAAGACUUUUCUUAUUACUACUCCUUCUUCGAAGACGCCGCCGCCGCCACUGCCUCGGCUCCUCAGUCUUCAUUAUUGGCCCCCGCCGCUGACAUGGAGCAUAACUCCAAGAAACGUCCGAGGGUGGAUGAUCCCCUCCCGACACGGUUCGUAGCGAUCAAGCCUUCCGUGUCCUCUUCCCCACCGCCUCCCGAAUUCACAGAGGAGGAGGAUUCCAUAGCGCCGGCGAAGCCCCAUCAACGCCGCCUCUGGGUGAAGGACCGGAGUCGGGACUGGUGGGACCGGUACAACCACCCGGAUCUACCCGAGGAGGAGUUCCGGCAAGCUUUCCGGAUGUCCCGCGCCACCUUCGACUUCCUCUGCGACGAGCUCGGGUCGGCCAUCGCGAAAGAGGAUACGGCUCUCCGCGCCGCCAUCCCCGUCCGGCAGCGCGUCGCUGUGUGCGUGUGGCGCCUCGCUACUGGCGAGCCCCUACGACUCGUCUCCCGUCGAUUCGGGCUCGGCAUCUCCACUUGCCACAAGCUCGUCUUGGAGGUCUGCACCGCCAUACGUAACGUGCUAAUGCCGCGGACGCUCCUCUGGCCCGCUCCGGAAGCCGCCGCCGCCAUGGCGGCGCGGUUCGAGGCUCUCUCAGGGAUUCCCAAUGUGGUCGGCGCGAUGUACACGACUCACAUUCCCAUCGUCGCCCCCAAGGACAGAGUCGCGGCCUACUUCAACCGGCGCCACACGGAGCGCAACCAGAAGACGUCAUACACUAUCACUGUCCAAGGCGUGGUCGACCCCGACGGCGCCUUCACUGACAUCUGCAUCGGGUGGCCCGGCUCCAUGGCCGACGACCAUGUGCUCGAGAAAUCGGCCCUCUACCAGCGCGCUAACGGCGGCCAAUUGAGCCACCAGUGGAUUGUCGGCGGUGUCAGCUAUCCUCUGCUGGACUGGGUGCUCGUUCCUUACGCCCAACCGAACCUCACAUGGGCACAGCACGCCUUCAAUGAGAAGAUCGGGGACGUUCACAGGGUGGCGAAGCAGGCCUUUGCCAGGUUCAAGGGCAGGUGGGGAUGCCUGCAGAAGAGAACCGAAGUGAAGCUGUCAGACUUGCCGAUGUUCCUGGGCGCUUGCUGCGUCCUCCACAACAUAUGCGAGAUGAGAAAGAAGACGAUGGACGCCGAUAUGGAAUUUGAACUGGUGGACGACGAAGUGGUGCCAGAGAAUAGCAUCCGAACGAUGAGCGCCGUACAGACUAGAGAUAGCAUUGCCCACAACUUGUUGCACCACGGCCUUGCCGGAAUGGCCUCCUUGUAGGCUUUGCUGCAAGCCCAGCAAUCUGUUAUUCUCUCGUUCUGAAACAGAGAGAAGGAAAGAAAGCUCAUGUGGAAGGAAUUGUUGAUGCAGAGCAAUGGCUAAGAUUUGGGAGGAUCAAAACAAUAAUACUAUAGAUAGAUUGGUAAAUUAGACAUGUCUCAUAAACCAGAUUGUUUUUGGAUUUUUGGUGACUUGGUGUGUUGUUUUCUCAACGAGGAAAAAGAAAUGAGACUGAAUUCAUUCAGCAACAUGAACAAAACAGCAGAGUACUCUAUUUUGA